AUGAGCGACACUGUGUUCUUCUCCUUUGUACUCUUCCUGGGCAGCCAGUGGGGCGCAGAGCCCCACUCUAUCCCUGUGACUGAAGGUGUGGAGAACAGCUUUUCCUCCAGUUCAAGGCAUCUCGAGGAAGAUUUGGCUAAACUAUUUGAUGAGAUCCUGCUGCAGGUGUUUCCCAGCAAUCUAGAUGACAUGUCAAACGAUGCAAGAACAGCUGGCAGACUGAUCACCUGGAGAGAGGCAAAUGAAACUCAUGUCCUCCCGAACAGCUUCAACAAUUCUGAAUUUGCAUCAAGUUCACAUCUGGCUAAGUUGUUCGAUGAGAUCCUGCUGCAGGUCUUUUCUAACGACCCCAAAUAUUUAUCAAAAGAAGACACAAGAGCAGCUGAUGAGCUAGUUACAUGGAGAGACACCAGUGAAAGUCAGGGUGUAGGCAUGGGCACAGUGGUUCCCAUACCCAACAGUGUGUCAGCCAUGGGGAACAGGUUGGAGGGUGGGAGACCCUUAUUAAAAGCUCUCAUUCUUACCAUCCACCAAGAACCUCUAAAAGUGGAGCCCAGGAUUCUACAUGUUUCUAUGCAUUUGCAGAGUGUCACAGCCAGGGACCACUUCCUGGCGAUUAGAACCCUUGAGUUAGAUGCUCUGGGGAUGCUCACACUGAUCCUUGUGUCUUCCCGUUUAGAUGUUUACACUGAGCGUCUACCUUGCAGAGAGCUGCUGAGCUUCCUGCAAAAGAACAUCAUCACUGCGGCCGUUGCUGUGGCUGCAAUCCUCCUGGUCACAACAUUGGUGGUGCUUGCGUUGGUCACGUACAUAAGGCGGAAGAAGGCCAGGUAUCCACCAGCAAACAUGACAUACAAUAUUUUUAUAAUGAAUGGGAAGACUUGGUGGCAAAAGCCCGAGGAAAGGUACAUCAGAAAAUUCACAGGAAAGCAGAAACACCUGAAGUGUAAUUCCUCCGUCUAA